CGAGGUCGGUCAGCUGACCUCGGGUGUGGUCAUGUGACUUCUCGUUAAAAUAUCAUGCAAAGCUCAGCUAAACCCAGCGGAGCACACUGACGCUUGAACAAUGAGAGGAGCCUACACGCUGUUGUUUCUUCUGGCGAUAAUCGUCAAUACAGGGCUCUCCAGUCCCCUGACGGGUAAAGAAGCCUGGAACUAUGUGACAGUAAGGGACGGGGACCACAUGUUCUGGUGGCUGUACUAUGCUGACAGCCAGACUGCAGAGUACAAGGACCUGCCUCUGGUCAUGUGGCUACAGGGUGGACCAGGAGGAUCAGGAAGUGGCUUUGGGAACUUUGAAGAGAUUGGACCUUUGAACAGGGACCUGGAGCCCAGAGACACCAGCUGGGUAAGAGGGUUGCAUUUAAGGGUUUUAAAUAAGCUGUGUUUUUGUUGGAUCAGCCCUUUAGAACUAAAAUCUGUUGGGACAGUGAAAUGUAACUUUGCUGGUGUGGCACUUGGAGACUCUUGGAUUUCCCCAGUGGACUCUGUCAUGACCUGGGGACCGUACCUCUACACUACUUCGCUGCUGGAUGAUUACGGCCUGACAGAUGUCAACAGUGCAGCGGAGGCGGUGAAGAAAGCUGUGGAGCAGCAGCAGUUUGAGAAAGCCACAGAGCUGUGGGCUGUGGCUGAGACGGUGGUGGAGCAGAACACCAACGGGGUGAACUUUUACAACAUCCUGACCCAGGAGCCGGAUGAGAAACGCAGAUCUGCAGCAGGAGAAGACUUCAUCUCUCUGCAGACACGUCGCCAUGUUCGACCCCUACACAGCCUAUCACUGAGCGAGCUGAUGAAUGGACCAAUCAGGAAGAAACUUGGCAUCAUCCCCCAGAAUGUUACCUGGGGAGGCCAGGCAGAGGGUGUGUUCAGCAACAUGGUAGGAGACUUUAUGAGGCCUGUGGUGGAUGUAGUGGACCAGCUGCUGAAGGCUGGAGUCAACGUCACCAUCUACAAUGGACAGUUGGAUCUCAUAGUGGACACCAUGGGUCAGGAGCUGUGGGUGAAGAGGCUGAAGUGGGAGGGGCUGCCUGGGUUUAACAAGCUGAGGUGGACCCCACUGAAUAACCCCUCCUACCCGGGCAUUACUGGAGCUUUUUACAAGACUUAUAAGAACUUUGCAUUCUACUGGAUCCUCAAAGCUGGUCACAUGAUUCCUUCAGACCAGGGACCUAUGGCCUUGCAGAUGAUGAAGAUGAUCACCCAGCAGGAUUGAUCUAGCCGCUUUGAUGCCAGCUGGAUAGCUCUGACAAUCACAACUAUCGCUUGACCUUUUUAUAUUCCACUCUGUGCUUAACUAAAUCCAGAAUCUGUGUGUCUUCAGCCAUAACAACAAUAAAGACACUCCUUUUUUGUAAA